AAAAAUGGAAAAUAUGAAGGGCACAAAAAGAUAAAAUAAUAAGGAAUCCUAUAAAUAAAUUAAUUUAAAUGAAAUAGCUUUUUGGUAAAAAAUGGUGUAUUCGUGGAAGUCGUUAAUUUUUGGCGAUUCUGAGUCAUUUGAGGAUAAAUUCCCCUUACACUACCAUUUGCUUAAAAAUGACAUUUCAGGAGUAAUUGAGCAGUUUAAAGGUGGAGCAGAUCCGCUUAAGAAGGAUGAGAAGGGAGAAGAUGCUAUCUAUCUUGCUCUAAAGUUCUUCAUCAAGUAUUUUAAUAAAUGUUUAAUGACUCCUGUUUCUCUUGGAUUUUCAAAUAAAAAUAGCGAAUUUUCCUCAAAUCUUAAUUCUAACGGGAGAUAUGGUAGUUUUAAAUCAACACUCACAAAAUAUAACAGUCUGAACUCCACUUUAAACGAUUCUGUUCAUUUAAAAUGGUAUAAAGUAUGUGAUAUAGGUAGGUUGAGCACAGCUGAAAAUGGCGAAUAUGAGAGACUAGAAACUCAAAGAUGUGUAGAGUACUAUGUCAGAUUUCAGGAGGUUUCAUGGUGUGUUUCCCGAUUUUUUGAUAAUCCUCGGGAUGAGGAGAUGAUAUUGGCCGUUCAUGCUAGAUUAUUGAAGAAAACUAGAGGAUUCCUCACUGUUCUAAAGGUAAUCUGUGAGAACAACGAUUAUAGGAGUGUGGCAAGGAAAUACCUUGAGGAGAACAUAUCAAUGGUAGGUUAUCCUCUUUUAUACGUAGGAAUAAUGGAUCACCUGUUCAGUAUGUUUCCAUAUGACUCUUAUGGUAGAAAACUUAAUAAGAAAGACGUAAACGACUGCAAGAGGUUAUAUACAUAUGCAACAAGAUCCAAACUUAGCGGUAUUUACAUAAUGAAGUUUGUUACUCAAAUUUGUGACUUACUCCAACAACUUUUCUUACUUCUGAAUCAUCCAAUUGACUCUAUUAAUCGGGAAUAUUCUUCUGAUGUUUCUGUUCAAAAGUUUGAAUACAAACAGAGAAUUGUACAGCUAGAUGGGUUGUCUCUGAAUAUAAUGGAACUGUACGCAAACUUGGCAUUUGUAACUGAUCUGCCUAUACUCUUCAAUGUUAUGUUAUUACAGCCGAAAUUCGACCUAGAAAACACACAAUUUAACUGGAAUCACUUACUCAAUACUAUUACCAAGAGAAGGAACAAAUUGGGAUCAAAAACUGAAUUGUUAGCUAGAAAUCAUUUUUUAAUUCCUAUGCGAUAUAACUGAUUUAAAGAGUUGAUUUAAUAAUUUUUAACCCUAUCUUGAUUCCACAUAUAAUUUGAUAAAA